AUGGCUGUACCUUCGAAGACAGUUCAAGACAAUUCUGUUGUCGAGAGUCAUGACUCGUCCGGAACAGAAACUCUCCCUGCCGAUGGCUUUGUCCCUGAGCAGACCGAGGUGGAGGCUCAUGUCUCUGAAACAUCGUCGAAGAUCUUGGAUAUCAUCUUUGAUUAUGCACUGAACAAGUUCAAUGACAGCAAGGAGAGACUUGAGUCCGGAAGGCCCAAGUUCUUGGCUGUCAUAAACAAAUUCGUUGUUGCUGGCACCCAGGUUAACAUGUGUCUUCCCGCCUUCCCUUUUAAAUCGGCCAACAAGGCUUACAAGGUUUUUGGCAUUCUGCCUGACAAGGCCGAAGAGCUUUCUCUUGGUCGUCUCAACACCAUGUGUGUCCGCAUCAGCGAGAUCUAUCCACCAGGAGCGCAAUGUAUUAUCAUUUCCGACGGCAUUGUCUACAACGAUCUGUUGAGUAUUUCGGACCGCGACACGUGGGCAUACGGACAGGAAUUGCGAAAGCUCGCUUCAGCCAAGGAAUUCAAGCACAUUGGAUUCUCUAGAAUCAAGGACUUGAUUGACUUUCCUAUGCCACAAGACAUAAGAGAAAUUGCGUACGUCGCAAACGCUACCAACUUCCGUCGAGCCUUUCUAAAUCGCUUCGGAAAAGACGAUAUCGACAUUGACAAGGAAAUCAAGAACAACCCUGAUACCAUGAUGACAUACCUUGGUUACCGUCGAUUUCUGGAGUCCGAUCUCAAGCACAUAUUUCCUGUUGGCGUUGGUCGAACAGCCAAUGACUACAGGAGAGAUGUCCGAUUCCUUGCUAAGCAGAUGCUCAUUCGAGGAUAUGCUUUUGCAGGCGCUGUCAAGAAUGGCUUUCCCAACCAUUUGCGACUCUCCAUCCACCAUUCCACUGGGCAAUAUAAAAUUUCUAUGAGUCUCUUGGACACCAGGACGGGUUUCACAACCCCUUGGCAUUGCUGUGUUGCUCGGAUGGCCAACGGUGAAUGGACCAGUGCUCCAAUGGGAGAUUACUUGAAAGACCCCAAUAUGAAGGUCGUACAUGAGAAUGGCCGUCCUAGCUAUUUCCAAGAAACAAUCAACGAGACCAGUACCGAAGAGGUUUCAGCUGCCCAGCCUGUCAGGAUGACUCAACCCAAGGUUCAAGAUGAGCCACAAGACACGAAGCUUACAAUUUUAUCACUUUUCACCGGUGAGGAAGAAGAGCGCCUCACAGUUCUCGCCAAGUCUAUCUCCUCCGAGUUGAAACAGCAAGAUAGAAAGUCCAUUAACCCAUUUUAUGGCUCUGAGAAUCCAGCCCUUGAUCCACACUCGAGCGAGUUUGACAUUGCGGCCUGGCUGCAAGCUGUCAUGAGUAUUACAACUCGAGACCCUGAAAAGUACCCUCGCGGUGUUGCUGGUGUGGCUUACAAGGAUCUUUCUGCUCAUGGAGUUGGCGAGGCUACAGACUACCAAAAGACAUUUGGCAACUAUCCUUUCGAGCUUGUCAAGUUUGCAAAGAAGCUCAUGAGUCAGGGUGAAUCAGCCAAGAUUCAAAUCCUGAGGGAUUUUGACGGGUUGAUCAGGAGCGGAGAGAUGCUUUUGGUCCUUGGACGACCGGGAAGUGGCUGCUCAACAUUCCUAAAGACCAUUUCUGGAGAAACUAGUGGUUUCAAGAUUGGGGAGGAGUCCUACCUGAACUAUCAAGGCAUUCCAAAAGAGAGUAUACACAAGGACUUCAGAGGGGAAUGUAUCUAUCAAGCAGAAACUGAUGCUCAUUUCCCUCAGUUGACCGUAGGGCAAACACUUGAUUGUGCUGGUCGGGCAAGGGCUCCUCGUACGCUCAUAGACGGUAUAACACGCAAGACAUACGUGACGCAUCUUCGUGAUGUUGUGAUGGCGGCUUUCGGCCUGUCUCACACUGUGGGCAACGACUUCGUUCGCGGAGUAUCCGGAGGUGAGCGUAAGCGUGUUAGUAUCGCUGAAGCAGCAAUCGGAGGUAGUGCCUUGCAGUGCUGGGUCAACAGCACUCAAGGUCUCGAUAGUGCGACCGCUCUCGAAUUUGUACGCACAUUGAGAACCUCGACCAAGUUCACUGGAGCAACCGCUCUUGUCAGUGUUUACCAGGCCUCGCAGUCCAUAUACGAUGUAUUUUACAAGGUUACGCUACUCUACGAGGGUCUUCAAAUCUAUUUUGGCAACAUUCACCCAGCGAAGCAAUUUUUCAUCGACAUGGGCUUCGAAUGUGCCCCAAGACAGGUAACCGCUGACUUUCUCACAUCUCUCACUAACCCACUGGAGCGGAGGAUUCGUCCUGGGUUCCAAGGUAAGACACCUUCCAGUCCAGACGGGUUCGCAGCAGCAUGGAAGCAGAGCAAGGAUCGGGCUCUUCUGUUAAAGGAUAUCGAUGAAUUCAACCGAGAGUAUCCUAUCGGAGGCCCAUCUCUGGACAGCUUCAAACACUUUCGCAAGACUAUCAAGGCAACUUCGCAGCGUGCCAAGUCUCCCUACAAUCUCUCCAUUCCGCAGCAAGUCGCACUCUGCAUCAGACGAGGAUUUCAGUCCCUGAGAUCCAAUGUCACCAUGGUCAUCGUUGGAUCUCUCUUCAACGCAAUAAUGGCCCUCAUCGUUGGAACUAAAAUGAUGAUGCUGAUGAGAUUCCAGGGCAUCACAGGUGCUGGCAAGACUACGUUACUCGAUGUACUGGCUAAUCGCACCAGUGUUGGCAUUGUCGGUGGGGAUUUUCUUGUCAAUGGUCAGCCAAGGAAUACAGGAUUCCAACCCGCGGGCGCUUCCCGUGAAGACAAGUUACAGUAUGUGGAUCAUGUUAUCGACACUCUUGAGAUGAGGUCAUAUGCCGAUGCCAUCGUCGGCGUACCUGGUGAAGGCCUCAACAUCGAACAGAGGAAGCGUCUGACUAUUGGUGUCGAGCUCGCUGCUAACCCUGCUUUACUGCUAUUUCUGGAUGAACCCACGUCAGGCCUCGACAGUCAGACGGCUUGGUCAAUUUGUCAACUCCUUCGCAGACUGGCAGAUGCCGGGCAGGCUAUUCUCUGCACUAUCCACCAACCAUCUGCUCAUCUCUUCCAAGUCUUUGACCGCCUGCUAUUCCCUGCGAUGGGAGGUAAAACAAUUUACUUCGGCGACAUUGGUCCUUCUUCAAAAGCAAUGACAAGCUACUUUGAGCGUAACGGGGCUCGUCCAUGUGGGCCUGAUGAGAACCCAGCAGAGUGGAUGCUGGGGAUUACCGGGUCUCUCAGUGAACAAGACUGGCCUGUCAUCUGGAAUGACUCCCCAGAACGCAAAGCAGUCAAAGCAGAGCUCGCGAUGAAGAAGUUGGAGCUCUCUCGGCGGACGAUUACUAUCACAAACCCAAGUGACAUCGAUGCAAUAAGCCCAUUCGCAGCAUCCUUCACAACUCAACUUCAUGUUGUUGUGAAACGGGUAUUCCAGCAAUAUUGGCGCACUCCUUCAUACCUCUACUCCAAGGUUGCACUUUGUCUAUCAAGUGCCCUCUUCAUCGGAUUUUCAUUUUGGCAAUUGUCCAACUCUCUUCAUGGGCUACAGAAUCAGAUGUAUGCUAUUUUCAUGCUGCUUGUCAUUUUUAUCAAUGUCUGCUCCCAGAUUAUGCCACAUUAUGAUGCUCAGCGGGAACUUUACCAGUCUCGGGAAAGUCCAUCCAAGACGUAUUCGUGGCAGGUAUUUGUACUGUCCAAUUUACUAGUUGAGAUUCCUUGGAACUCUCUAUCGGCGCUUCUCAUUUUUGUAUCCUGGUGCUACCCCAUUGGGCUUCGCCACAAUGCUAUAGAGGCAAAUGAGGGCCCAGAGAGAGAGGCUCUCAUGUUUUUGUUCAUUCUCGCUUUUAUGAAUUUUGCUGGAACGUUUACAAACAUGGUUUUGUCUGCUGUCGGUUCCGCUGAAGCUGCUGGUAACUUGACUAACCUAUUACAUUCUUUAUCUUUGAUCUUCUGCAGUUCUCGUGUCCCCCGACGCUAUGCCUGGAUUCUGGAUCUUCAUGUACAGGGCGUCACCUAUUUCUUCUCUGGCGUUCUAUCUGCUGGUCUCGGCAACUCACAAAUCUCUUGCUCGACGGAAGAGUAUUUGCGUUUCUCGCCGCCACCUUCUAUGAACUGUUCGACUUAUCUGGAACCUUACAUCGAUGCUUUUGACGGCUACCUUACAUCAGAAAGUAUGGGAUCAACAGCCGAAUGUGUUUUCUGCAGUGGUAACGACACCAAUGUUUUCCUUGAAACGGUGAGUGCAAACUUUGACGACCGUUGCAGGGAUUUUGGUAUUUUCUGGGUGUACAUCAUCUUCAACAUGGCGGCAGCACCUAUGUUAUUUUGGCUCACCAAGGUGCCGAAAGACAAGGUUAGCACGGGGAGUAAAGGAAAGGACUCAGAAGUGAAGUGUGACAAUGGGAGUGCAGAAUGA